ACGACCAUGUGCUCCGCUCUAUUGUCCAUUUGAAUAGUUGGAUUGGACACAACAACAGAACAAAGUUACGAACAAUUGCUUGUCAAUUGGGCGGCGAUGUUAAAUGACGAAAGUGCACACAGGUGUCCGUCGCACACAAAAUCUAUGUUGGCCGGAGAACACCUGCGAGGGCACUCUCGGUAUUUGAAUUCUGAAUUUUGCAUUUCCUGACUUUCUGGGCCUGUUGUUCGUUCGUCAUGAAAGCGACGUCGUUUGCCCACUAACACAGAGAAAAUUAAAAGAAAAAAAGACCAAAAUUACAUAUAUGCAACCACGUUAAUAGGAGCCAUCUUUGUCUCUGCCACAAGAAAGAAAUAAAAAGUGAAAAAAUAUUGAGAGAAAGGUACAGAAAAUUUAACGAAAUACGACGAACGAACGGGAUUCAGAGAAUUAAUUUUCAAAGAUCGACGGAGAUGGUUGCUGUUGCAUUGAUACUCUAAAACUUUUCUGGCUCAAAAAUGGCGGAUUGGUCUGUUGGGUUAGAGAGUUGAAGCGCAGGCGGCAUUGAAUUGGGACGAGUCGGUUUCUGGGAACGAGGGGUUUCGCAGUUUUUUGUACCCCCUCUGUAAUUUUUCUUGGAGCUUUCGGAUCGUCACGGAUUCUUGAGGGCACGUGGCGGCAAUCUACGGAUGCCACCUGUUGGCUUUUUCACUGGAGGGAAGAUCUGAAAACGGUUUCUGUUUCCGUUUUACUUGAAUCGCAAGGUUGUUGAAUCGACAUAGACAAAGAGGAUUUACUGAUGGGGGUGCCUUUAGUGUUUUGUGUGGUUAGUUUUUGUUCGUAUGGGGUGAAUUUGGCGCGGUUAUAAUCAAGAAUAUGCUUGAAAAUAGUUUAGUAUUUCGGUUUUAGUAAUCGGGUGAAUUGGUGAAGGUUUCCCAUCUAGAAUUUGCCUUGUUAAGAGUGGUAAUUGGCAAAUGAGCAGGGCAGCAGAAUCGUUUGUCGAUGGCUGCGCCCAGCAAGAUAUUCUCCCAUUUUAUUUCCAUGGUUAAAUCAUGGAUCCCUUGGCGAUCAGAGCCUGCUAAUGUUUCGAGGGAUUUUUGGAUGCCUGAUCAUAUCUGUAGGGUAUGCUACGAGUGUGAUUCACAGUUUACUAUCUUUAACCGUAAACAUCAUUGUCGGCUUUGUGGACGAGUUUUCUGUGCUAAGUGUACAGAGAACUCAAUACCUGCCCCCUCUGGUGACCCAAGGAAAGAUCAGGAAGAGUGGGAGAAGAUUCGUGUAUGCAAUUUUUGUUACAAGCAACGGGAGCAAGGCAUAGUUAUUCCUGAUAACGGAAUCUCGGUUGCCAACUUAGAUCUUAGUACUUCGCCAUCAGAAACCAGUUUUGCUAGCUUUAAGUCAUGUGGCACUGGUAGCAGUAGUAGCUUCACUAACUCAAUGCCAUACUCAACUGGGCCAUAUCAACGAUUUCAACUUGGUUCUGGCCUCAGCCCCUGUCAAUCGUCUCUAAUGGAAACUAACACAGAAAAGCAGAGCAAAUUCAGUCAAUGGAAGAGCAGUGAUUUUGGUGCCGAUAUGUCUCCAGACCAAUAUGAAGUUGCGACUGCCAGGAGUGAUGACGAGGAUGUUGAGUAUGGUGUAUAUCAGUCAGAUUCAAAGAACUAUCCUCAAGUCAGUGACUACUUUAGUCACAUUGAUUUCGAUGAGAUGAGCAAUGAUGAUGGAUCACAUAAGGUGCAUCUUGAUGGAGAAAAUAUUGAUGUGAAAAUUUUAAGCAGCUCCUCGUUACUUCCCAGUCAUGACUCGCAGGUUUUGGAGGGAAUCCAAGAGCUCGAAAAAAUAGAAGAUGAACAUGAUACUGGGGAUGAAUAUGAGGCAUCUUCCUCUAUGUAUUCUGCAGGGGAUGAUGAUACAGAACCUGUGGAUUUUGAGAACAAUGGACUUUUAUGGCUUCCCCCUGAACCAGAAGAUGAAGAAGAUGAAAGGGAAACUGUUCUACUUGAUGAUGAUGAUGAUGAUGAUGGUGACGCUACAGGAGAGUGGGGGCGUUUACGUGCAUCAAGCAGUUUUGGAAGCGGGGAGUAUCGCAAUAGGGAUCGGUCAGGUGAGGAGCACAAGAAGGCCAUGAAGAAUGUUGUUGAUGGACACUUUAGGGCUUUGGUAGCUCAGCUGUUGCAGGUUGAGAACCUUCCAGUCGGCCAGGAAGGAGAAACAGAAGGUUGGUUGGAGAUCAUUACGUCUCUGUCCUGGGAGGCUGCUACACUAUUAAAGCCAGAUAUGAGCAAAGGGGGAGGGAUGGACCCAGGUGGUUAUGUAAAAGUAAAAUGUAUAGCUUCUGGAUCUCGCUGUGAUAGCAUGGUGGUCAAAGGAGUUGUGUGUAAGAAAAAUGUGGCUCAUCGACGAAUGACAUCCAAAAUAGAGAAACCUCGGUUUAUGAUCCUUGGCGGUGCUCUUGAGUACCAGCGUGUUUCUAACCUCUUGUCAAGUUUUGAUACUCUAUUGCAGCAGGAGAUGGACCACUUAAAGAUGGCAGUAGCAAAGGUAGAUGCACACCACCCUGAUGUCCUUCUGGUAGAGAAAUCAGUUUCUCGAUAUGCCCAGGAAUAUCUUCUUGCAAAAGGCAUAUCACUUGUUCUGAAUAUCAAGAGGCCACUUUUAGAGCGUAUAGCUCGCUGCACAGGUGCUCAAAUAGUCCCUUCAAUUGAUCAUCUCUCAUCACAGAAGUUGGGCUACUGCGACUUAUUUCAUGUGGAGAGGUUCAUGGAAGAUCUUGGUUCUGCCAGUCAGGGUGGGAAAAAACUGGUGAAGACAUUGAUGUAUUUUGAAGGUUGCCCAAAGCCGUUGGGUUGUACUAUUCUACUUAGAGGUGCUAAUGGGGACGAGUUAAAAAAAUUGAAGCAUGUGGUUCAGUAUGGGAUUUUUGCAGCAUAUCAUUUGGCUUUGGAGACAUCCUUCCUUGCCGAUGAAGGAGCCACUCUGCCAGAACUCCCAUUCAACACUCCAAUUACCGUGGCGCUUCCAGAUAAACCAUCAAGCAUUGAGAGGUCCAUUUCCACGGUGCCUGGUUUUAGUGUUGCUGGCAAUGGACAGUCUCACAAUGAACCACGAAGAUCCAUCAGUGUCCCAGUUUCAGAUUUGGACGCAGCAAUCAGAAGUAUACAGCCUCCUUUACUCAGUGAUCGUACCUCUCUACCCGCUCCUCCCACUACAGGUUUCACCAAGUCUACAUCUGUGCAUCCUACUCUGUCCGGGAAUGCUUCAGAUACCACAUCUGUGUACUCUACUCCAUCUGGGAAUGCUUCAGAUACUUAUCAUAAGGGUCUUUCUCCUUAUCAUAUAUUUGAUGAUAAAAGUGAAAUGGGUUCUAAAAAAAUUUCACAGGUAGAAAAUUCUGCAACCAAAAUUUGCUCUGAUAUCAUGUCUAAUCAUCUUGCUGGCAAUAGCUUGAGGUCUUUAGAGUCUAUGGGACAGGGUGGUUUCUCGAUCGCCCAAAAUGAUGAAACUGUAAGUACUGGAAAUCAACUAGGUGGUUCACACAAUUCAUUUCUGCAUGAAGAUGGUAAUACUCAAGCUGAUGAACCAGGACCUAUGAAUGAAGAGUUUCCUCCGUCACCUUCUGACCAUCAGAGCAUUUUAGUUUCCUUGUCAUCCCGGUGCGUGUGGAAGGGGACUGUCUGUGAGAGGUCGCAUCUGUUUCGAAUCAAAUACUAUGGCAGUUUUGAUAAACCUUUAGGACGGUUUUUACAAGACCAUUUAUUUGAUCAGAGUUAUCAAUGCAAUUCUUGUGAGAUGCCAUCAGAAGCACAUGUUCAUUGUUAUACUCAUCGUCAGGGUACUCUAACUAUAUCUGUUAAGAAGCUGCCAGAAAUAAUCUUACCAGGUGAAAGGGAAGGAAAGAUCUGGAUGUGGCACAGGUGCUUGAAGUGUCCAAGGAUCAAUGGAUUUCCUCUGGCUACUAGGAGGAUAGUGAUGUCUGAUGCCGCGUGGGGUUUAUCAUUUGGAAAAUUUUUGGAGCUCAGUUUUUCAAACCAUGCAGCUGCAAGCAGGGUGGCGAGCUGUGGCCAUUCUUUACAUAGAGAUUGUCUUCGUUUUUAUGGAUUCGGGAAGAUGGUCGCUUGCUUUCGGUAUGCAUCAAUUUAUGUUCAUUCUGUCUACCUUCCACCCGCCAUAGUGGAUUUCAAUUAUGAGAAACAGGAAUGGAUACAAAAAGAAACAGAUGAGGUUAUUGAUCGGGCAGAGCUUCUUUUUUCUGAAGUACUUAAUGCUCUUCGUCAAAUUGCGGAGAAAAGAUCUGGUUCCGGAUCACAUAGUAGUGGCAUUGUAACACCUGAAUCGAGACACCAAAUUGUCGAACUGGAAGGAAUGUUACAAAAGGAGAAGGUGGAAUUUGAGGAAUUGCUCCAGAAAACUUUGAACAGGGAAGCUAAAAAGGGCCAGCCUGUCGUUGACAUUCUGGAGAUCAAUCGGCUGCGAAGGCAGCUGCUUUUCCAAUCUUACAUGUGGGACCAUCGCUUAGUUUAUGCAGCCAGUUUAAAUAACAACAGAUACAACGAUGGUUUGAAUAGCUCAAUUUCAGAUGAGGGGAAACCUGCGACUAGUAGUGAAAAGAUUGCUGAUAAUGUGGCAAUAAAUCUAGGAAAAAGUUAUAAUAGUUGUGAUUCCUUUCUUGUGGAUGCAAUGCUUAACAAAGGAUUUGACCACGGGGGAGACGUUGCCAACACUGUCCAUGCUGAAAUGCUAAAUAAAGAGAGAGACAGCGGCCGAGAUUCAAAAUAUGAAAAUGAAGAUCAAGGUAAUCUCUCUGAUGGAGUUAGUACAUGUGAUCAAUCUGAUCCUUUGAAACCAAGGGCAGGUAUUCAUAGGUCCCUCUCGGAUGGUCAGUUUCCUGUCAUAAUGGAUUUGUCAGAUACCCUUGACACUGCAUGGACUGGUGAAAAUCAAUGUGGAUUUGGAACAGCGAAGGACAAUACCCGCACUGUUCCUGUUCUAGGAAUAGCAGAUUCAAGUGCCUCUUCUGUGAAGGACGAAUUAAAUUUAGACCAUGCAGAAGACCAGAAUGGGCCCAUGAUUGCGCAUUCUGCUUCUCCUGCAUUAUCUACCAAGGGGUCUGAAAAUAUCGAAGACUCUGUAAGCUGGUUGAAAAUGCCCUUUUUAAACUUCUAUCGUGGGUUCAAUAAGAAUUUUUUAUCUGCUGCUCAGAAGCUUGAUACACUAGGCGAGUAUAAUCCAGUAUAUGUUUCAUCCUUUCGGGAGUUGGAACUGGAAGGUGGGGCUAUGCUGCUUCUGCCGGUGGGAAUAAAUGAUACUGUUGUCCCCGUAUACGAUGACGAGCCCACAAGUCUUAUAUCUUAUGCCCUUGUCUCACCAGAUUAUCAUUCACAAAUAACUGAUGAGGGGGAAAGAACAAGAAACAGCGGCGAUGUUAGCUUGUCUGAUUCUUUCACUACGCAGUCACACCAUCCUGAUGAUGACACAACAGCUGAAUCUCAUCGAAGCUUUGGAUCUACUGAGGGUUUGGAUCCGCUUUCGUAUACAAAGGCUUUGCAUGCAAAAGUUUCUUUCGGAGAUGAUAGCCCACUUGGUCAGGUUAAAUACUCAGUGACAUGUUACCAUGCAAAACGUUUUGAAGCCUUAAGAAGGAUUUGCUGCCCGUCUGAGCUUGACUAUGUAAGAUCCCUUAGUCGUUGUAAAAAGUGGGGAGCCCAAGGUGGAAAGAGCAAUGUCUUUUUUGCUAAAAGCUUGGAUGACCGGUUUAUCAUUAAACAAGUCACCAAGACGGAGUUGGAAUCUUUCAUAAAAUUCGCUCCCGGCUAUUUCAAAUAUCUAUCUGAAUCAAUUGGCACAAAAAGUCCGACAUGCCUGGCAAAGAUUUUGGGGAUCUAUCAGGUUAAAUCAAAGCAUCUUAAAGGCGGGAAAGAGUCGAAGAUAGAUGUCUUAGUUAUGGAGAAUCUUAUGUUUGGAAGAAAUAUUACGCGGCUCUAUGAUCUCAAAGGAUCUUCACGGUCUCGUUAUAAUCCUGAUUCUAGUGGGAGUGACAAAGUACUACUAGAUCAGAACUUGAUUGAAGCAAUGCCCACAUCUCCGAUCUUUGUGGGAAACAAGGCAAAGCGGUUGUUGGAGAGAGCUGUCUGGAAUGAUACUGCUUUUCUUGCUUCAAUUGACGUAAUGGAUUAUUCACUACUGGUUGGGGUGGACGAAGAGAAGCAUGAAUUAGUACUUGGAAUUAUUGAUUUCAUGAGGCAGUAUACAUGGGAUAAGCACCUUGAAACUUGGGUUAAAGCUUCGGGCAUCCUCGGUGGGCCAAAGAACGCUUCUCCUACUGUAAUUUCCCCAAAGCAGUACAAGAAAAGGUUCCGGAAAGCAAUGACAACCUAUUUUCUGAUGGUUCCAGAUCAGUGGUCUCCUCCGUCGAUUGUUACAAGCACCUCUCAGUCUGAUUUGGGCGAAGAGACAGGUGCUAAUUCGGUUGAAUGAUGCUGGGAGUCAAUCCACAUAUGCAUGUAAGCAUGCCAUUCAGGAACUGACCCUCCCACAUGAACUUUGUUACCUUAUUCAUUUACCUUCGUUUUUUAAUAUCGAUAUCCCAAUUCUUUUGUAUAGAAGUAUAUCAUUUGCAUUUUCUUGUUUUACGUAAGAAAUUCGUGAUUAUUUUGUUAGAAGAUGCAGAAGAAGGCUGUUGAUGAAGCCAUGGAAAUUUUGGUCAGGGGUAUAGUAUUGGAUGACCUCUCCAUUAAAUCCUUGAGUAGGAAGGAAUAUAAUUCUUGAUGUAUUUAAGCAUUACAGCAUCUAUAUUCAGUGAAGUGAAAGUCCUUAGUCUUGUGUAUAUUA